CGAGGAGCAGCAAGGAGCAGCAGCAAGUGCAGAGCCUGACGCUGAGGAACAGGAUCCAUGGCCAGCGGUGCGGUGCAGUCUCCUUACCUGAGUCCCGCUGUCCCCUUCCAAGGCUUCAUCCAAGGUGGGCUCCGAGAUGGACUGAAAAUCAUCAUCAAUGGACAUGUUCCUCUUUUUGGAGAAAACAGGUUCCACGUGAACCUUCAGAAGGGCAGCAGCGGCAAUGACGUGGCUUUCCACUUCAACCCUCGCUUUAAAGACGAGCUUGUGGUCUGCAACACGAAGCAGAAUGGCUGCUGGGGGCCCGAGGAGAGGAAGAUGCAUAUGCCCUUCAACAAGGGUAAUGCCUUCGAGCUGUGCAUCCUGGUACAGAGCGCAAGUUUCACUGUGAACGUGAACGGAAACUUCUUCACCCAGUACUCACACCGCGUGCCCUUCCACCCUGUUGACACCAUUGCUGUGGCCGGCGGCGUGCAACUAUCCUAUGUCAACUUCGAACACCCAGCCGGGCAGAAGAUGGCCAACGCACCUGUGACUCGAGUAAUCAUCCACAAGGAAUGCAGCAUCCCAACCCAGAGGUUUCCGAGUCCCGUCGUUUCAGCUUCGAUGUACCCCGACCCCAACCCAGUCUAUCCGAUGCCUUACUUCACCUCGAUCUCAGGAGGACUCUCCCCGUCCAAAAACAUCUUUGUUUCAGGAUUUGUCCCACACAAUUCCCACAGCUUCUACAUCAACCUGCGCUCGGGGAAUGACAUCGCCUUCCAAAUGUGUGCCCGGAUCUCUCAGAACAUCUUAGCGCGGAACACACAGAUCUGUAAUUCCUGGGGACAGGAGGAGUGCAGUCUGCCCCGCACCAUGCCUUUCGUCCGUGGCCAGGGCUUCCAAGUGUGGAUCCUAUGUGAGAGCCAUUGUCUCAAGGUGGCGGUGAACGGCCAGCACCUGUUUGAGUACAAACACCGCAUGGCGUAUUUGCCUGGCAUCAACAACCUGGAAGUCGGGGGUGACGUCCAACUGAGCCAUGUGCAAACCUAAGCCAAGACCCCUGGCCACUCAUCUCCCCAGCCCACCUGCCCCAAGCCCAGUCCAGCACCCCAAAGCCUGUCUAAGAGCGGGGCUAUUUCCACGGGUUCACCUCUUUGUCUGGCCCCACUUCACCCACUGAAUACUGGGGUGCAGUGAGGGUGGCAGAGGGGUCUGUGCAGGUGAAGGCCCAAGUUCAGUCCCGUGAUAGAGGGGAGGGUGCCCCCUACAGAUCUGCACCCCAUGAUUCCCCUGACCCCACUUCAGUCCUAAAUACAGCUGUUUUCUUCACAAUGGGGGUGGGGAGGGUUUAUUCACAGCCCCUCCCCUUUAACCUUUAACCUCUCCCUGCCCCUCCCCCCUCAAGUCCCAGGAUGGGGCUCCCUUCAUCUCCUCACUGACAGGAUCUCCCAGCAGGGAGGCUCCCCUUUCCCAGGGACUCUCAAAUAAAAGAAGAAAACGC